ACCCCGAAAACUCAUGCUUUUCCUUUGACAGGAAAAGCCUGAAGCUUUGUCUUUGAGUUUGAGUGGAGAUGCUUUUUCCUACCAGCUUAUCUUCCAUGGCAAAACCUUUGACAACGCAAGAGGAGGGUCAGCCAACAAACACGGAUCAGUUCAGUUCAAACACACUGAUCCGGGACACAAUAUAGCCAAGGGUAUAACCAAGGGUAUAACAAAACCCCUUCUCUCUCUUACUACGCUAAUAGACUUUCUGAAAAGACCUAAUAGGAAAGAUUUCAACAUAAAUCUUGACUGGAUCUGCUGGAUCUGCUGGAUCGGGAUUGGUCGGUGGCUGGAGAUCGAUUAUUUUAAAUCAGGGGUUCCUGAGUGGUCACACUGCCAGACACCACAACCUCAAAACAAGAUGGCCGCCCAAUGCAAGAACUUCCUCCUCUUCUUGACCAGGGUAGGACUACUCCUGGGUCUGGCUAACCCUCUGGUGACCUCCGCCUCCUGCCCUUCGGCCUGCCGGUGUGAUGGGACCUUCAUCUACUGUAAUGAUCGAGGCCUCACCUCCAUCCCUACUGGCAUUCCGCUGGAUGCUACUGUUCUCUUCCUCCAAAACAACAGGAUCAAGAGCUCAGGGAUACCCACUGAUCUGAAGAGGCUAAGCAACGUGGAGAAGAUAUAUCUGUACUGUAAUAAUCUGGAUGAGUUCCCCCAAAACCUGCCGAUAGGGGUCAAAGAGCUGCAUCUACAGGAGAAUAAUAUUCGCAUGAUUACGCAUGCGUCGCUGGGUCAGAUCCCGGUGAUCGAGGAGCUACACCUGGAUGAUAACUCUGUCUCGGCGGUUAGCAUCGAGGACGGAGCGUUCAGGGACAGCAACCACCUGAGACUACUCUUUCUCUCCAGGAACCACCUGAGCACCAUCCCGUCCGGCCUUCCGCAGACCAUCGAGGAGCUGCGCUUCGACGACAACCGCAUCUCGUCGAUAUCGGAGGCGUCCCUGCAGGACCUGAUCAACCUAAAGAGACUCGUCCUGGACGGGAACCUGCUCAACAACCGCGGCAUCGGCGAGACGGCCUUCAUCAACCUGAUCAAUCUCACCGAGCUCUCCCUGGUGAGAAACACCCUGACGUCGCCGCCGGCUAACUUACCGGGAACCAGUUUGGAGAAACUGCAGCUCCAAGACAACCACAUCAACCGGGUACCGGCCGGGGCCUUCGCUUUCCUCAGGCAGCUGUAUCGACUGGAUCUAUCGGGCAACAACCUGAGCAGUCUGCCUCAGGGAGUGUUCGAAGACCUGGAUAACCUCACGCAGCUCCUGCUCCGUAACAACCCGUGGCAGUGUACCUGCCAGAUGAAGUGGGUGAGAGACUGGUUAAGGUCGCUGCCGACAAAAGUCAAUGUCCGAGGGUUUAUGUGCCAGGGACCGGACAAGGUCAAGGGUAUGGCUAUUAAGGAUUUGUCCAUGGACUUGUUUGACUGUGGCGUCUCUGACUUGGGCAGGGGCCAGGGGGGCCCAACCGAGACCGGCACCGUCUCUAACACCUCACCCCCCUCACAACCCCAAUGGCCCUCCUUUGUGACCAAAAGACCAGUGGUGAAAAUGGCUGACCGGAAUAAGAACUACCGCAGUACAACGACACCAUCAGGUAGAAAGAUCAUCAGAAUAAGUGUGAAGUCGAGCAGUGCCGAGACAGUGCACAUCUCCUGGAGGGUUUCCGUACCCAUGACUGCCAUGAGGCUCAGUUGGUUAAAACUGGGCCACAACCCUUCGUUCGGUUCCAUCACGGAGACCAUCGUACAGGGGGAGAGGACGGAGUACCUCCUAACGGCUCUAGAACCGGAAUCCUCGUACAGGAUAUGCAUGGUUCCCAUGGAGACCAGUAACAUUUACCUGACGGACGAGACACCGGUUUGCAUAGAGACAGAGACCAGUUCUCUGAAGGCCUACAACCCCACCACCACACUGAACCGCGAGCAGGAAAAGGAGCCUUACAACACUUCCAGUCUGCCUUUGGCCGCGAUCAUCGGCGGGGCCGUGGCUCUGCUGGCAAUAAUAAUGCUGGCGCUUGUGUGCUGGUACGUGCACAGGAACGGCUUGCUGUUUUCCAGGAAUUGCACCUACAACAAGGGCCGACGGAGGAAGGACGAUUACGCCGAGGCGGGGACGAAAAAGGAUAACUCAAUCUUGGAGAUACGAGAGGCCUCUUUUCAGAUGAUCCCUAUACACCCCGUGCCCGUGUCCAAAGAGGAGUUUGUGAUACAUACGAUUUUCCCUCCGAACGGAUUGAGUCUGUACAAGAGCCCGCACAGCGAGACCAGUAUUAGCAACAGAAGCUACAGAGACAGUGGAAUACCUGAUUCAGACAACUCCCAUUCAUGAUAUUGAUAACACGGGACAUUUGGUAUAUAAAUGAGUGCGUUCGUUUGAUGACUUGAAACUAAGUGGCUGUAAGACUUUGUUAUAAAAACACUGGAUCUAAAAGACUGAGUGGGGGAAGCAAUGUUCGUCUGUACAUUUGCCCGUUACAUUUACAUUUAAGGACAUUUUUAGGACAAAGAGGAGAAGAAAUGUGGUUGACGUUGCAGAUAGUAGGGCCACCACUGAGCCGCAGGUCAGUGUAUGUUGUAACUAAAACCGCAAUUCUAUAUUUUAGGGGUUUGUAGUAAUUUGUACUGUAUUUCCUUUGGUUUACGGUUACCCUAACAACCAACCAUAAAAAAAAAAAAACAGUUCUACU